GAGCAGGAAGCAGAUCCAGGCGGAUGUGGAGCAGGACCUGAUGAUGAGCUGAUCGACGAGUCUUGUACCCUUUGGCGGGGCUUCAGUGUGGUUCUGCACGACCUGUCCCGGUACGACCGGUCCUUCCGGUGCAGCCUGAUCCAGCGUCAGGUGAGCAGAGUGUGUCUGCGUGCAGGUAAGAGCAGAGACCUGAGCCGGCUCUGUGCCUGGCUCCCGCUGCUUCACGUCCUCAGACUGCACGGCUGGAGAGACGGACGGGUCCGGGUCCAGGACCUGAAACGGUUUCACCGCUUGCAGCACCUGUCCAUCACGUCCUGCUCCACACCGCUGCUGGACCUGGACUUCCUGCUUCCUCUGAGGCAGCUCAGCCUGUGCACCGUGCAGUUCACCUGCCCGGCCUCUCACCUGUUGGCAGGUAUCACCCAGCUAACCCAGCUCAGGUCGCUGCUGCUGCAUCACGAUGGCGGUCUGAAAAUACCCACCCUCAGCAAUGUCCUGACCCAGCUGCUGGACCUCAGAACCCUUUCUUGGACAAUGAUCAACCACAAAGUGCUGCCACCGGACUUCUUCAGCCCGGCCACUGUUCCAGCUGGAGGAGCCUCUCUUCAGCUCUCUGAACUGCAGCUGCUGAACUACGAUGCGGUGGUCACACCAGACGUUCUGAAACCUUUGACCAACCUUCGAAGCUUGUCAGUCUUUCACCUUUACUCCGUACCUGGACCUACCUGUCACCUGCAAACAUGGCUGUCAUCUGUGCAGGAACUCGUCAGCCUCAGCGUGCAUGGAGGACAUCCUCUGGCAGCAUAUGCAAACUUCCUUCCAGCGUCCCUCCUCAGCCUGACUCUGUGUGUGGAUCUUCAGCCUGAAGACCUGCAGGUGGUGUCUUCCAGAGCUCCUGACCUGCAACACCUCCACCUGGAGCCCUGGAGCUCCUCCUCCAACCUGGUCAGACUCCUCCCACAGCUGUUUCCUCGCCUACAAAGUCUCGCCAUCAGACACCUUCACGUGCCAGAUGAUGACUUUUUGAAUCUGCGGGAACUUCAGCAUCUUCACACUUUGGAAAUCUUGGAUUCUUUCCAUCGACCUGACCCAACUGACCCAAGUUGGGUCGUCAACAAACCAAGUCCUCGUCUGCUCCAGCUGAUCUCUGACCUGCAGGAACAGACCAAUCAGAGAGUCAGAGUCCUCACCAGUGCACAUAAAGACUUCCUCAACUGCAAC